GAAGUCGCAGGCCACUAUACCGACUGAGGCGGGAGAGCAGCCAUGGCUGAAGGGAAGCGCCGUCGGCGGCCUACCGAGGAUAUGGGGAAGGAGAGCAGCGAAAGGAAGAGCGAGGAGGGGAGGGAAAGGAGGACUUGCAUCGGGCAGGAGUCGAACGAGACGACAAGGCGGCUGAUCCGCCAGCAAUACCGGCAGCUCAUUGCCUCCUGUCAGCAGAAUCGUGAUUUGAUGUUGAGCAAUAGAGGUGAUAAAUUGACGGAGGCUUUGGAAGAUGCUGAUAAACUGUUUGCUGGAGUGUCUGAGCCAAGGGAGGCUGCUUUGGAUGCUCAAUUCCUUGUAUUGGCAACAAAUCUUGGAAAGGAAAAGGCAAACCAGCUGCAGUCGGAUAUGGCAGAAUUUGAUUCAAUUGCAUUUGCUGAAGAUUUACUAACCUAUAUGGGCAUAAAUCGCCUGGAACGGGAAGACAGUGAUAGUGACGAGGACCAGAAUACUAGUGGAUUUUUACCUAACAAUGCUUGGUAUAAACUUGGUGAGGAAGCAAAAAAGUACUUCAGAAGAGCACCAGUUUUCCACUUCAUGCUAGGAACUUUUACUGCCGAUCCUCCUGUUGAGAAGCCGCGAAUUGAGAGACAACGGAAGAAAGCAGGGCCACAAGAAGAAACAGCAAUGCCUGCACAGUUGAAGAAAAUGGAAGAAUCCCAUCAAGAAGCAACAGAAAAAGAAGUAGAAAGGAUCUUGGGGCUCUUACAGGCUUACCAUCAAGAAGACCCUAAUACUCCAAUAUCCUAUCUUGAGUUUGUGACUGAUCCAAGAUCAUUCGCCCGGACUGUGGAAAACAUGUUUUACGUAUCAUUCCUGAUAAGGGACGGACUUGCAGGAGUGAAACUGGAUCCAGACAAGCUUCCCAUAAUCGAACCUUUAAAUCCAGAAGGAGAGGAAAAUGACCAGGAUAGCCUUCUACGGAAACAAGCAGUCAUAUCCAUGAACUAUGAAGAAUGGCAGAAAAUUGUGGAGACAUUUGAAAUUUCAGCACCCAUGAUUCCACCUACCACAGGGACACAAAGUGAUGCAGAGCAGAGCUGAAUGCAUUCCAAAGUUGUUUUUGAAGAUAUCUGCUGGCCAGUUUCGGGAUGCUGACUUGCCAAGAGAAUGACAGAAUGGAAAUUAGUCCAUUUCUGUUUAAGAAUGUAAUAUUUCUUUGGAAAAUAUUAAUAAGAAGAAAUAUUUUUAAAAGAAUGUAAUAUUUUUUUAAAAGGAAAAAUUCUGUUGAUGAUGUUGCAUUAUAUGUUUAUAGUAAAAUAUGUUUGUUUAUAUUAAAGUUGAUCCUUUGCCAUA